GUAGAAGAAGUAGAUGACAAGUGCAAGUAAGUAGGGGACAAGGAAGGACAAGACGAGAAAGUUGCUUAGUAACAAAACAAAGUACACAUAGCUAGCUACUAGUGAUUAUGUUUUAUCAAUGCUACUGGACUCAAGAGUUGCCCUCCAUAGUUUAGAACUGUCAGUGGGCUGGUUUAAUUAUGCAGAAGAAAGAAAGAGAUCUUGUUUUAACAAUAUUUAAAAAUCUAUUUAACUCUCUCAAACCUCGUAAAUUUACUGGGGAAUUAAAAGGAACUGAUCACUUUGGCAAUAAGUAUUUUGAAAUACCUGCAGAUGAUAACAGAAACAAGAGGGCAAGGUACUUUGAGCCAAUUGGAAAAGAAGAUGGAUUUGACAGGGAGGUACCUGCAGAAUGGGAAGCUUGGCUAAGAGGAAGGAGAAAGGACCCUCCUGCUGAGGAAGAAGUAAUAAGAAACUAUAACCUUGCCCUAGAAAAGAAGAAGAAAGCCCUUGAAAUUGAAGAAAUGUUUAAGGGAACAAAAGAAAAGCUACCUGCAUUAGGAGCAGCAAAGGGAAAAGAUUCUUUUCCAGAGUAUCCAGAGUACGAACUCGCCCCAGGAACAAAAAAUCCUAAGUGGAAGUCAGAGAAUUAAAGUAAGCCUUAAAGCAUAUAUACUGCAUGUGAUGAAACUUAGUUUUAAUGGCUCUAUUUAUUUACUAGAUAACUUGUUAUUAUGUGUGUAAAUAUUAAAUUACUCAGAUGAAAUUA